UUAGAUCGCUUCCGAAACGCCUGAUGUUAGGUCGAAUGGAGGAACGAAAUUGCCAGACCAGAUAGUGAUUUUUCUCUGAAUCCUAUUACAAAAAAGUACAUCAAUGCUCAAAGGCCCAAGGUUCACAAUCCAAACCAUCACAGGAGGAAUCAGAAGCUGAAGUGGUGAUGCGGGAUUGCUAUGGGAAGUUUGUGUAAACUCCAGCCGGAACAUGUGGAGGCAUUGGCAGCUUCUGUAGCUUUGGAUUUUCGGUUAGAAUCUGGUUCAACCAAGGUGAUACCGGAAAAAGACUCAAAGGGAGCUUAGUUUGAUCGCUCAAUCAAUGAUGAAAGGAUUUAAGGUCGCAGUAACGUUAGGACUAUUUCUCUGUGCAAUUUCAUCUGCUGUUCAUGGGGUGUCAGUAUCCUGUAUGAUGGCAUAUGAUGAAGGUGGUGUCCCUGCUGUUUUUCAAUCUCCAGAGUGCCUGAAGUGGCUUCUACUUGUUGAGGCUCAUCAAAAUCAGACUGAUAAUUGUCAGUUUGCCACACUUCAAGGGCAUAGGGAAUAUCAAGAGGACUUCGUUACAUGCAAUCUUGAUAUGAAGAUACCUAUUCCAGGUAAAUAUGGGCCUGAGAAGGUUACAGUAGGUCUGGCAGCAGUAUUUGAUGGUCAUGGUGGCAAGGAAGCAAGUGAGAUGGCUUCAAAAAGUCUUCUGGAUUAUUUUUUCCUCCAUGUUUUAUUCAACACAUACAAGCAAACAUUGCCCUACAAGGAAGAACAUGAUAUGGUUUCUCAAGGUCAUAGUGAUGAACCAGCACACCAUGUUUUAAAUCUAAGUUCUCAGGAAGCACUCCCAGUAGUUGACAAUGAAUCACUACAUUGCAUUUUGAAGGAAGCAUUGUUAAGGACAAUCAAUGAUAUUGACUCAAAAUUUUCAAAGGCAAGUAUUUUGUCAGUUCCCUGUUCAUCUUCAGAAGCUUUCAGCAAUCACUAUGUUUCAGGAUCUACUGCUACUGUUGUUCUUUUGUUAGAUGGUCAAAUUUUAGUUGCCUUUGUUGGUGAUUCAAAAGCACUCUUAUGCUCGGAAAAUAUUCAGUCUCGUUUGGAUGCGGAAGGUACUUCAGUAACGGAACUUUAUGCUCAGGAACUAACAAGAGAUCAUCAUCCAGAUAGAGCUGAUGAAAGGGCCCGUAUAGAAGCAGCUGGUGGUUUUAUUCAGAAGCGUGGUGUGCCUCGUGUCAAUGGUAUAUUGGCCUUGUCCAGAUCUAUUGGUGAUGUUUACUUUAAAAGGUACGGUCUUAUUGCUGUACCUGAAGUGCUAGGUUGGCUAUCCUUGACAACCAGUGACAUCUAUCUGGUGAUUGCAUCCGAUGGGAUAUUCGAGAGCUUAACCCCACAGGAUGUUUGUAGUAUCUUAGGUAAUGCACGCACCCAAGGAAACGAGAUGGCGAAGAACUCGUCUUCAUGUUCUGCCUCGUCAUCGUUGGCUGACUGCGUUGUCAGUGCUGCACUUACGGAAGGCAGCACGGAUAAUUUGUCAGCUAUUGUGGUUCCAUUGAGACCGGCUGGUUCCUCCCAAGAAUAUUUAGACGAGUUGUGA